AUGAUGAAACUAUCCGCCGAUACAGCGUUUCUUCAACGAGAAAACGAGCAACUCCGGGCAGCUCUCACCGAUGAGAGACAGCGGAAGGAGCGUAUCCAGCCUGGUACGCUCGAGUUGUCCGACGAUUAUCAUGGUGGAGCUACUUUCUGGUCUCCACGGAAGGUGCGAGAAGCUCGCCAGCAAUAUGAGCAGAAACAGCGCGAUUAUGAGGAGUCACAAUACCAAAAAGCUAUCGCAAUCGAAGCUAGAGAGGAGAGAAAGCUACUUAAAGCUCAAGAACUAGAUGCGCGGCGACGUGCGCGGGCGGAGGCAAGACUAGAUCGUGAGAGGCAGAAAGCUAAAGCAGCUGCCUACCGGAUAGCCCGCCAAGCCGCUCACAAGCGACUUGAAAAAGCUAUCAAAAUCUCUCAAAUAGGCAAGAAGCCUAGCUCUAAGUGCCGUGCCAAGGUAGUAUCAAAAAACAUUAUCGUUGGUAGUAGUAGUGGUGGUGCGCAGCCAGCCAAUCGAUCAGCUGCACUACCAUCACCACGCUCGCGUUCAGGCCGCCCCAUCAAGCUGCCAAUCAAAUAUCAGUAG